AUGGGUGCAAAGAUAGAAACAUAUCUCGACUGCCGAUAUUCCCAGUUUUCCUGGGAGGAAUCAAUGCUGGCUCAGGCAAUACACCUCCCUGGACAAACCCAGCGAAGGCAAAAUACGGCCAAUUUGACCGUCAACGAGCCUCCCGGUAUUUCAAAGUCACAGACAUGGUUCCUCCACCAUUCUUCCCCCCCGUCACAAUUCUGGUAUACCCUUUGCCCCCUUUCUCCCCCUUCGGGAUGGAUCCAGGUAUCCUCUCUCGUAUGUGGAUUGUGGAUUAGGAUGGCCCUCUGGUUUACUAACACCUCAACCUCCCGCAAGCCUCAACGUGUGGCCACCUAUCUCAAGGCCAACUACCCCCGGGACCGCUUCGAGAAAACCUUCCUCUUGUACUGGACCUACAUGUUCUACCGGCACAUCGACCUCAGCAAGCCCGAGAACAUGAUGGCCUUGCUCCGCGAGGAGAAGUACAGCGACGUGGAAAUCGAAACCAUCAUGAAAGGCGCACAGACCCCUGAGGGGAAAAAGGCGCUGACCGAUCGGACGAAGGAGGCGUUGGAUCGGGGUGCGUUUGGGGCGCCGUGGUUCUGGGUGACAAAUGCACAGGGGAAGGCUGAGCCGUUCUUCGGCAGUGAUCAGUGGCCAUUACAUGUGGCAGUUCUUGGGCAUACCGUUUCAGGAUGUGAGAAUUAUAACGAAGGGGGCGAAGUUGUGAGGAAGUAG